GUCAUUUGAAUCUGACACAAUGGAUUAACUCCAGACUCUCUGAUACUGUGCAAAUCAAGUAAUGAAGUGACGACAUCUUUCGAGGGGAAAGCCAAGCUAACAAUUUAUUAGACACGCCUAAACAGCAUCUCUGAGGUGCAAGUGAUGUUAGGAGAGAGGAUUAGAGCGCUCAUGUACUGUAUUGGCUCUACUUCACUGUAUUAAGCUUGUGCGUGCAUGUGUGCGUGUGUGUUUGUGUGUACAGCAUGAGUCACCCUGCCCGCCUGUGAUUGGACGGUAGUCGAUGAGUGAGGGAGGGGGAGAGAGAGUUAGGGGCCGUCUGUCAAUCUCUCCUGCGCUCCAUUCACACAUUCAACUGCAUGAACCUUCAGGGAGAGACAGAGGAAGUGAGCAAGAGCCUCUCAUUCAUAAAAAAAAAAGAAAAAAAAAGAGAAAGUUCAUUCAUAAAAGCUGCGCAGUUCUGCUGUGCCCCAGAAAGAAAAGACGUGUGUAUGCGGAGGUGAGGCAGAGCUGGAAGCCUGGCAACUGACUGAGAAAGUGUUUGGGUCAGUAGGAUGGAACUGCUCUCAGCAGAGGCAAGAGUGGAGCAGAUUGGACUUUAGACUACACAGGACAACCACCGUCCCACACUGUGUUAUCCAUUGUCCAGUUCCCUGAUUAUGAGAGAGCAAACCUUACCCUGGUUCACAUCACAGACAGGACUCUUGCCAGGGAGCUCAUAUAUCGUUUGUAGUCAGUACAGACAUAAUCAGCACGAUGAGUAUCACUGUGCAGCAUAUCUGACUGUGACACUUUCACGUUCUACAGGCAUGCUCAAGCGCACCAAAUACAGUCGUCUGCGCAACGAUUCGCUUACAUCCCUGGAGGAUCGGCCCCAAAUAAUGCCACCCCUGAAGAGAGAUCUCCCCUUGGACUCCGAUUUUGCCCAACUGGAUGCCGGGACACCCUCACACCACGAGCCGUCCACCCUGAGGGACUUCAUCCCCCGCGUGGCCAACAUCCGAUUGCAUAGUCCUACUACACCUCUGCCUGGCCUGAGGGGACGGAGAGACGCAGCCGGGGACAGGACCAUCGAUGGACACGAUGACCGUCCCUUUUCAAGAACGGAGUGGGGAUCCGGACCCACUCAGAGAAUAUGUAGCCAAUCUUCCCCCAAUGUGCCCUUAUCGAGUGGCCACAACUUAAAUCACUCGGGUCUGCGCUGCACAAAAAGACCCAUCACCCUGCAUCGGAUGGCCAGCCUCCCCUGGACCCCUGGCUGUCUUGCCUGUUCACAGCGCAGAGAUGGACUGUGCCGUUUGAAGACCUCCUCUGCAGCAGAUGACUGUACAGUGGUGGGGACAGCAGACAGAGCGGUCCACCAUGACAUCAAGUACAUGGGCAGUGUGGAGGUGACCCAGUCCAUGAGAAACCUCGACUUUGAUACCAGGAUGCAAGUCACACGAGAGGCGAUCAGCAGACUGUGUGAGAGGACAUCAGCCAAGACAGCAGUGAAAACUAAAAGGUCUAUACAUAAGGGGCCGUCUUCAGUUCUGGGACAAAUCAACCUGCAGUUUUCUGGGUGCAGGAUCAGCCUCACCGUCUCCACAGACAGUGUGACACUGAUCGCCGCCUCCUCCUUACAGAAGAUUGCCCACCACCCUAUGCAGGCCAUUUCAUUUGCCUCGGGAGGAGAACCAGAUGUGGUAGAUUACAUUGCCUAUGUUGCCAAGGACCACGCCAAUCAAAGAGCGUGUCACAUCCUGGAGUGUCCCCAGGGUCGAGCCUGCGAGGUUAUCAACAGCAUCGGUCAGGCCUUUGAGACUCGUUUCCGCCAACUUCUCAGCCACACGCCACCGCUCGUGUCCACUAAUCCCAGGUCAGCAGACAGACUCUGUAACAACUGGAGCACAGAGGAGAUGAUAACAGACAGAAAGGCCAAGCAGGAAGGUGAAGUCAGUGAGCAGAGUGACUACUACAAUGUGAUCCCAGGAAAGACGCCGCCUCCUGGUGGAAUAGAAGACCUGCGCAUCGCAGGGGAGGAGAACAAACGGGACGCUGACGUACAGGACGUUUGUUUGUCUCGGCCUGUUUCACUGUAUGAGAACUGCACCAUUAAGGAGGAAACUCCAGCUCCACCUACAGGGGGAUCUGAGGUCAGCGCUGAGCAGUGCACUUCUCUCUCUGAGUCGCUGAUCCAGGACCUGAUCCGGGAGGAGGUCUGGUUCCACGGCAGGAUAGGGAGAAAGCAGGCCGAGUCACUUCUCACCUGCAGUGGGGAUUUCCUGGUCAGAGAGAGCAGCUCUGCCUCCGGUCAGUACGUCCUCAGUGGGAUGGAGGGAGCCACCGUGCGGCACCUGCUGCUGAUCGAUCCCCACGGACAGGUGCGGACCCGUGACCAGGUGUUUCUGAGUGUCGGCCACCUGGUGCGUUUCCACAUGGAGAACCAGAUGCCCAUCGUUUCUGGAAUCAGUGAGCUGCGUCUGAAACAGCCCGUCCUGCAGAGUCCCUGAUGCACAUUCACAGGCUUUCACGCGCAAACGUCAGCCUGCAGCAGUGGGUCUCAGCGUUUUUUGAAGACAAUGUGCCAGAAAGGAAAAAAACAACCUUCAAACACUUUAAGCUCCUUUAAAAUGUUCAACAUCUCUUUCCAGAAUAAUUCAUUACCUGGCCAUUACAACUCAUUCCUUGUACAUGUGCAGUAAAUGGCUCCGAACACUAGAGUCAGCUCUCGCCCUCGUGCUCACAGUGCCUCGCCCUGUGCUGAGAACAGCCGCCGGCUCGCAGAGCAUCCUGUCCGUCGCAGGCCAAAUUUGCUGGUGUUUACUCAAAGUCUAAGCACAAUCACUGGUGUCGGGAGGAAAUUACCAGAAUGUUGGCAGGCUUUCACAAUCAUUCUUUCUACAUGCUAAAUUUGUCUUGUACCCUUCUGUUUUGAUUUGUUACUUUUUUUGUGUUCCCAUUUUCCACGCUUGACUUCUGUAAACAACUGUUCAUCACUUCUUUUCUCUUUUUUUUGCUUCCUUCUAGAUAUGGAAUUCAAAUACUCUUUGUGAUCAGGAUCCUCAGCACCAGAAUUGCAGUUUAGUUCCCAGAUAAGCUGACACAUAUGCAAAUAGUAAUGUUAUUGUUCUCCACGAAGUGCUGUCAAAUACAUCUUCAUUUCUUUUACAGGAUGAAUUUGUGGAUUUUGUCAUUUCCUUCUGUUCAAUUUUAAACCUCGGAAACACAACUUUAAUCCUCCUUCAACCCGUGGACAAUACAACUUACAACAGCUUACAAGACACCUGUUAAUGAUUCCUCACAUCACAUCACGACAUGACACUGUUAAACUGAGGAAAAAAAGGAAAAUGUUACAUUGCCAUUUUACUUGAAACACAAUUUUAACUAAUCUUUACUGUAAAAUUGGCUUCACAAUGUACAACUGUCUGUAGUUAACAGAUGCACAUCAUGUCAUGACACAAAGCAUCUCAGGUGGCUGACAUAAAGAAAAAAACAACAGUCAAACCAACGAUUAAAAAGAGAUACUUCGAUUAGUUUUUAUGGACCUUGUAUCUUGCUCAUCAGCCAAAACACUUAUUGAAGUUUAUUAAGUGCAUGGAUUAUUUAAGCCACACGAUGGUGCUAUCAGUCUUUAAAGGACAAUGUUCCCCCAGAGUAUUUGACCUGAUUGGUCAAAUACUCUGUGGCUCAACUUCUAAAAUUCUCCAUUUGAUUAUGUGGUUGUUGUAUUUAUCAGUAAUCCUAUAUAUAACAUGUUUAUGAUACAAUAAGGCAAAUGCAUAUAUGCUCACACCAGAUUUAAACUACAGUGACAUCCUUCACCACUGAAAAAGAUGUGUCCGACAUGGUAGCAAACAACAUAUAAUAACUCCUGCGACACAGUUUUUUCAGCAGCCUGUCACUUGCAGAUUUUGAUGAAGUAAAAAAGAUGACUCCUUGCUGAAA